AUGAACGUCUUUCGUCCCUUGCUUCGAAGUUCUAGCAUCGCUCACAGCUCCCUGCGCAUUGCCACUUCACCACGGGCGACAUCGACUUCCAGUCUGUUGCGACUCAAGGACCCCUCCUUCCGCACAAUCAACCCCACCUCAGCCUCAAUUCCUCCUCGUUUGUUUGCAACUACGUCUGCGAAAAGUUCAGACAGUAACAUCCGCCCUGCGUCUACCAGCCGUAGCAGCCAUCCACUCUUCCAGAGCGGUAGACUAACAAUGGCGACCGGUAUCAACGAGCUCGUCAAGCUCACCUCCGACCUCUCCCUCGACAACAUCCGAGACAAGUACCCAACGUGCUACCCUGAGACAAACCCCAUCGAUGUUUACCGGGCGCACUUGACGAAUGUGCUGGAGAAGAUCACAGGCGUUGAGCCAAAAAUUAUUUACAAUGCGGUUCAAUGGACCCAGGGCCUGGACAAGGGCGACCUGAUCGUCGCCGCGCCCGCCCUUCGGGUCAAGGGCAAGAAGCCAGAUGAGCUCGCGAAGGAGUGGGCAGAAAAGGUCAGCCCGCCUGCUCAUUCUCUGAGGCAUCUUGACGAGAUACUGAUAUCAGACCGCAAACAGUUCCCCGAAGACGACCCCCUGGUUGACAAGCCAUCGGUGACAGGAUACUUCAUGUCCUUCUACUUCAAGGCCCUGCCUCUCGCUAAGGCUGUCGUGCCAAUGAUCCGUUCACUCGGGAAGGACUAUGGCAAGAACCCAGCCCAGGGGCUGCGAGACCCCAAGAACCCUAAAGACCGAAAGCGCAUCAUUGUCGAAUUCUCCUCCCCCAACAUCGCGAAGCCAUUCCAUGCUGGUCACCUACGGAGUACAAUCAUCGGAGGUUUCAUAGCGAACCUGUACGAAGGCGCGGGGUGGGAUGUGACCCGUAUCAACUAUCUUGGUGACUGGGGCAAACAGUACGGAAUGCUGGCUCUGGGUUUUGAGCGAUAUGGUGAUGAGGACGCAUUGAACAAGGACCCCAUCAACCACCUGUUCAACAUAUACGUCAGGAUUAACCAGGAGAUCAAGGAGGAGGAAGACAAGAUCAAGGAGCUGAAGGCGGCAGGCAAAGAGGACGAGGCGACUGAGCUGCAGAAGAGCAGCUCGGACGAGCAGGCGCGUCAAUACUUCAAGAAGAUGGUAGAGGGAGACGAGGCGGCGCUGGCACAAUGGCGACGGUUCCGAGACCUGAGUAUUACACGGUACCAGAAGACUUAUGCCCGGCUCAACAUCCACUACGACAGCUAUUCAGGCGAGAGUCAGGUAUCUGAGGCGGCCAUGGAGGAAGCUGCGAAGAGGCUUGAGGAAAUGGGCAUAUCAACUGAGUCGGAAGGCGCCAAAAUUGUCGAUUUCGCGAAGCUAAUCCCAGGCAAGGAGGGAAAACGCCUCGAGCGCCCCAUCAUUCGAAAGAGGGACGGCACGGCGUUGUAUUUGACUCGGGACAUCAGUGAGCUGCUCGGCCGACAUGAAAAGUACAAGUUUGACCAGAUGAUCUACGUUGCUGCCUCGCAACAAGAUCUGCACUUCAAACAGCUUUUCAAGAUCACGGAACUGAGCGGCCACAAGGACAUCGCUGAUAAGUGCCAACACAUUAACUUUGGUAUGGUCCUGGGAAUGAGCACCCGAAAGGGAACGGUCAAGUUCCUGGACGACAUCCUCCGGGACGUUGGCGACAAGAUGCAUGAGGUCAUGAGGAAGAAUGAAGACAAGUACUCUCAGGUUCAGAACCCUGAGGCUACAGCUGAUACCCUUGGUAUUAGCAGUGUGAUGAUCCAGGACAUGACUGGAAAGAGGAUCAACAACUACACCUUCAACAUGGAAACCAUGACAUCGUUUGAAGGUGACACUGGUCCUUAUCUCCAAUACGCCCAUGCUCGUCUUUGCUCAAUUGAGCGCAAGGCCGCGAUCCCUGUCGAGGAGCUCGAGAAGGCGGAUUUCUCACUACUGACAGAGGCGCAUGCCAUCAACUUGAUCAGGGUAUUGAGUCAAUGGCCAGAUGUGGUCCAGAACACGCUCAAGACGUUGGAGCCAACGACAGUUGUGGUCUACCUUUUCAAGCUGACGCACGUGAUCAGCUCCUCUUACGACCAUCUCAAGAUCGUGGGGAGCGAGCCGGAAUUACAGAACGCUCGUAUGGCUCUGUAUGAUGCCGCACGACAUGUCGUUGCCAACGGCAUGCGUCUGCUGGGUCUUACCCCUGUGGAGCGGAUGUGA